UUGACUCUUGUAUCAGCUUCUACGCUUUACGAUAGUUUGCUAAUUAUUGUUUUGCAGUUGCAAACAUUUUAUUUUUUAGCUUUUGUUCUAUUCAUUUAAAAAGCAUGGAUGCAGAAGUUGAGUUUUUGCGUGAUCAAGUCCGCAGGUUAAAUUCUGCUCUCAGACAAUAUCAGAACAGACUCGACACUCAGUUCACAUCAUCUCAGGGGAAGGAGACACAGCAAACAGAAGCUCCUGCUCCUUGGCUCUCAGACAGAGGUUUAAUGGCUCCACUUGUAGUAGAAUAUGAUCAACACAUGGAUGAAAUGACUGAACAGCUGCAGAAAUACCAGGAGAUGAUGACGGACAUCAAACUGAAGCUGGAGAGGGUUGUGAAAGAAAAUGAAAGGUUGCAUGCAGAGCUAAGAGAGUCUGUUGAAAGGCAGCUCCAUGCCAUGCCCAUGACUUCAGGAGCAGAGGGAGGCACAGUAGAGGAGGAUACCAUCAUCAGAAACCUCCAGGAACAGGUUCAGCUAUCUGAACAGGAGCGGGUGCAGGCCAUGGAGCUGUGGCAGACGGCAGCUCAGGAACUGGACCGCCUACAGCAGGUCUACCAGAAGACCAUCUCUGACGGGCAGCUCCGCGAUGCUCAGAGACAUCAGCUCAAGGAUCAGCUUGUUCAGUUCCAGCAGCACACUUACAAACUUCAAGCGUCCAGUCAGAAACUGGAAUUGAGUAACCAGCAGCUCCUGAAGACGGUGACGGAGCAAAACACAGAAAUGGAGGAGCUACACUGUCAACUCAGACAGGCUAAGGCUAAACUUAGGACAGCCACAGCCAAAGUGGACGAGAUGACCAAAUUGUUGCAAAAUGUCCAGUUACAGAUGCAGAGAAAAGAGGAAGAUGUGGCAGAGGCUCAGGGACGAGAGGACGCAGCUGACAGACGACUCCAACAGCUUCAGACAACUUUGAACCAACUUGAGACCAGGCUGAAAGCUGCAUCUCAGGAGGCAGAGACAGUUCGCAGGGAGCAAGCUGUGUGGGAGAGAAAAGUCUGGGAACUCCAGGCACGUUGCACCACCCUGGAAGAGGAGAAAUAUGAGGCUCUAUCCAAAGUCAGAGAGAGUGUUCAAGUGGCGGAGGAGGCCGUCUUGCAGAAGGACCAGUCACUGUUACGAGAAAAGCAGAAGACAGAAGAGCUAGAAAAGACGAAGGAGGCCAUCAAACUUUUGAUCCAGGAGGCAGCGGUCCGAACCAGAAAAGAGGUAGAAAAUGUGCGCAAACAGUGCAACGUCCAAAUCCAGCGUAUGGCAGAGGAGCUGUCUGCUCUGCAGUUGGAGUGUGCAGAUAAAGGGUCACAGAUUGAAAGGUCCCUGCGUGAGAGAAAAGCUGUGGAGGAGGAACUGGAGAAGGUGUAUAAGGAGGGCAGGGCAGAGCCAGAGUAUAGGAAGAUUGAUGCCCUUCAUCUAAGGUGUCUAAACGCAGAGAGACUGAAAGAAGACCUAAGCCUCACGCUGCACAGCACGCAGAACAAACUAAAAACGAUGGAGAUGGACUAUAGCGAGGAGCUGUCUCGGUGUCAGGAGGAGGUGCGGCGGCUGCAGGGCUCUUUGGCUGCAGCUCGGGACGACUGCGUCGGUGUCAGCGAGGAGCGGCUUCAGCUGCAGCAGGAAAACACGCAGCUUCGUAAAGAGAUGGACGAGCUGCGCAAGACCACCAUGCUCGUCCAAAAGAAAGCCAAGCAGAAGGUGUCACAGAUGGAGCAAGAAUACAACCUGAAGGAGCGGAGCUUUGAUGCGCGAGUCAGGGAGCUGGAGGAAAGUAGCCGGAGCUCGAGUGCUGAUCUGACACGCCUCCUCACAGCACAGCAGAAGAGCACUCAGCGGUGGAAGGAAGAAGCCAAGAACCUCGUGCAAGCCUUUGAAACUAAAAUCACAGGCUUUAAGGCAGAUUUAAAACGGCAGAAGCUGCGAUCACAAGAACUAGAGAUCAAGCUUGAAACAGACCAUAAUACAAUAUAUGAGUACGAGAGACAGUUAGCCGAAUAUCAAGAGAAGACAAAUCGUCUCCAGAGAAGACUGACACAAGCUGAGCAGAAAGCAGCUUCAGCGUCGCAACAGCUGAGCGUGUUGGUGUCGCAGCGCAGGCAAAAACCAACUGUGGAUUCAGAGACCCUUUGA